AUGGCGCGUCUACGCAAACCGAGCCCAAAUGAACCGACUAUCUUUAUGCCACCGUCCGAGACGAGAGCAAGCCGACCAAAUCCCCGGAAAGCCACACUUCGAUACGCAUCAUUGCAAGAAGACGACAGCUCGAUACUAGUUCCAAAGAGUUCGAGGUGCACAGCUCGGGAUAUUAGCAUAUCGGAAGCCAUAGAGCAUUCGUUCCGCAUACCGAAGACAGCGACGCCCAAGGAUACGCUUACCCCGCGAAAGCAACGUGUACUGCGACCGGUCGAGAGCAACAGUCGACUACUUCGGAAGCUCAGCGACGAAAGUCUGGCAAGUCCUGAGAAGAAACAAAGAGAGCGAAGAGUACGCAGUGGAACAACAGACACAGAUGUUGGAAAGAGGAAUGGACUUCUGUAUGCCAAAAGCCUGGCUCGAAGCGUCGUGAAUAAGCAGGUGCAGAAGGGCAAGAUCAAUGUUGUGGGGGAGCAAGAGGCACAAGAGGCUGCUCAACGGUCACGAAGCAAAGAACAGGAGGAGGGAGAGGAGAUGGUGGAAGAUGAGGCCGAGGAAGAGGAAGAAACAAGCCUGUGGUGUGGCGAAGAGGAACCAGAGACAGGAGAAGAAGCUGCGGAUCCAGUGGAAGAUAUCAGUGAGGAAGGGGAAGAUGAUGAGCCUGUUGUAAAGUCAAGGAACAACCAGCGACAACCGCGCGCGCGACGUAUAGUGUCUGACAGUGAAGAUGAUGAGAAUGAGCUGAGCGCACCACAACCUAUCAAGCAGUCUCAACAACCGAUGUUCAAGAUCCCCGACCUCAAGCCGGUACAAACGUCUACCCAGCCCCCGGCCGGUCUUACUUCCAUGCGACCGCCACAUAGAAAGGGCCAUAGUACGAUAUCGAAUUGGGCGCAAGAUGUUGUCGAUCUCACAGAUUCGCCGGAGGCCUCAGCGUCUUUUGUACUCCCUGAACACACUCACGCCCGAUCAGGUUCCUUCGCAGCAUCGUCUCGUCCUACCAGCUCAGCAUCGAACGGCCCGCUCGCGAUUCUGACAUAUUCACCAACACCUACUAAGCAACGCUCGCCCCGUAAAGCUCCACCCAUCUCACGACCAGCAACACCUCCACUAGCUCCUCCUAGCCCAGCUAAGCUCGUCUCGCCCUCGAAGAAGAAGCCCGUUAUCCCUAAGGCAGCCGAUAUAGACGGAAGACCAAGUCUUGACGCAUUUUGGAAUCCUGUAGCUGUAAAUGAUUGGACCGACCGCCAUUCGCCAGCCAAACAGCUCGUGUCGCCCAAGAAGCAGAAAUGGCGGGAAGAUAUAGUCAAGAUGAUGGAAGGUGUAGCUCUCGAAGACAGCAGUGACGAGGGUUAUGAAAGCCCCAUAGAGAGCCCAAAAAAGAAGCCCACAGGUCGCAAGCCAGCUAAGGAGAGAACGCCAGAGGUUAAACCGACCUCGAAUGUCAAGCAGAUCCGCGAACAACGCAAAGCCUUCGCUGAACGCAAGCACACCAUAGCUGAAGCCUUCCUCAUCGAGCUCGACGCCACCAUCUCCUCGGGUCGUGUUCACGAGCUCUCGAAAUCCACAGGCGGUAUCAAGCUUGUCUGGUCCAAGACACUCAAAACGACAGCCGGUCGUGCAAAUUGGCGUAGAGAGCAGAUACGCAUCCGAACCGGGCCCCUCCCCACAGACACGCGCGUUGAGAUCCGGCACCACUGCUCUAUUGAACUCGCCGAGAAAGUCAUCGAUGAUGAAGAGAGGCUCUACAACGUACUCGCGCACGAGUUCUGCCACUUGACCACGUUUAUGAUCAGCGAAGUGCGUAAUAACCCUCACGGAGCAGAGUUCAAAUCUUGGGGCCGCAAAGUUACCGUCGCCUUCGCCGACAAAGGCGUUGAAGUCACCACCAAACACUCGUACCAAAUAGACUACAAGUACGUCUGGGAAUGUAUCUCCUGUGGUUACGAGUUCAAGCGUCACUCCAAAUCCGUCGAUCCAGCCCGCCACUCAUGCGGUAAGUGCAAGGGCAAGCUCGCGCAGACCAAACCGACACCUAGGGGCGUUGGGGCCGGUGUUGCUGUAGGCAAAGAUGGGAAGAGAGAAAAGAGCGAAUACCAGGUCUUCGUCAAAGUCAACUUCGCACGUGUGAAGAAGGAGCUAGAGGCCGAGGGCAAGGAUGCGCAGAUGGGCAAGGUGAUGGAGGCCGUGGCUAAGGAGUACAGGGACAGGAAAGGUACAGUUGGGGUGAAGGGGAAAGAGAUCAUUGAUCUAGAGGCCGCACUGAAUAGCAUGAAGAUUUAG